AUGCAUUUUAUAAUAGAUGUUGAACUAAGGUAUUGUACCAUAAAAAUCGUGCAGGAUAAUAUAUUGAAAGAGCAAGAUACUGCGAAAAAUGUCCAGGCCAAAGAAGGUUCCAAGAUGCAAGUAUUUUCCGAUAUCCUGAAAAUGGCUAUUGAAAGAAGCUUAAAUAAGUUUAAAGAAGAGACUGCGGAGAAUUGUGCCAUUAAGUUAAAUGAUCUGCUGGCAGACGGACAACAAGGUAUGGAAGUAAAGGCCCUUUCUACGGAGCCCCAACGACGUAUUAUUGAAAGUCUAUUCAAGGUACUUUUUCAUCAAUACAGUAACUCUCCUAAGGAAUUCAAUAUUGAAGAUGGCCAUGUGAAUCUUCUUUUACCGUUAUUUGUCCAAAAAAUAACUGUAGAGUGUGUGUCAGAAGAUCUUGUUCAACAGAUAGCCUCUGACGAUAAGAAACCUCUUCAUGAUGAAAUUCUCGACAUACUAACUAAAAAAGAACCAAAUAAUAAAACGUAUAAUAAAAACCAAAACAGGACAUACGGUAUUCAUCUGUUUUAUUAUAGUCCUUUAGAAAUGGAAAAGAGGAGUGCGUUUGGAUUGUCGGAAGAUUUCGAUAAAAUAGACCUUGAUGAUGAUGAAGACACGCUUCGGUCCAUUGACCAAGAGAUAUCAGCCAUUAACAUUCCAUUUUCCAAUACAACUUUUGGUAAAACGCGUAUUUCCUUCCUUCCUUCUGUAAAUUUUGAUAGUCUUUGGGAAAGCCUAUAUUUCAAAGAUGACAUUAAACAGAGAAUGUUUAACUAUUCAACGAUAUCCCUUAAAGUUGCCAAAUUAUCCAACCAAGAAGCUCAGCAUGGAUACGAGGAUGAACAGCUGAUGACAAAUAAACUUUUGCUAAUUCAUGGGCCUCCUGGUACAGGAAAAACUACCCUCUGUAGGGCAUUGUGUCAAAAAUUGGCAAUAAGAAAUGGUUCCGAUCUGGAUAAUAUGGACCUUGUAUAUAAAUGUAUCCUCGUUGAAAUUUCGAGUUCGAGCAUUUUUUCUAGGUGGUUUGGAGAAUCAGCGAAAAAUAUAACGACACUAUUUGAUGAUAUUGAGAAACUUGUUAGGGAAGCAGAAAAGAAAGAUAUAUUUGUUUGCGUCUUGAUUGAUGAAGUUGAGGCCAUCGCGUCAUCAAGAACUGAUAUUUUGAGUAAAAGUGAAUCCACAGAUGGCGUAAGGGUCGUAAAUGCGCUCCUGACACAUCUCGAUAAAUUAAAAUACUAUAAUAACUUUUUGUUGCUAGCAACUUCAAAUUUACUUGAUAAUAUCGAUUCUGCUUUCUUGGAUAGAGCUGACGGGAUUUUUCAUAUUGGGAACCCAGUUGAAGAAGCUAUUACAAAAAUUUUAUGGACAAGCAUCGGUGAACUCAUCUCCGCAGGUAUCAUUAUAGGUUAUAAAUCCUACCGUUAUAUACUGAACUCGGAAAUUUACAAAGAUAUAAUUUGCACAAUAGCAAAAAAUGCCAACGGAAGGACCUUGAGAAAGAUUCCUUUAUUGUGCUUAUCAGAGCAUUUCCGGGAUCUACCGAUUCAUUUGGAUGCAUUUCUAGUAGGCCUAGCACAUACAGUUGUUGCAUUAGAUAAAAAUGAGUCAGAUAAGUAA